CUUAUUUUGAUUUACGUUGAGCAAGAUUUAUUUUUAAAAAAUAUUGUAUCGCAAUGAUUGAGGAUCACUCCGAAUACGCCAAGGCAAACCAUUCCCAGAAGCUCGCAAGCUCUGUGCUUCGGUUGCCCAAAAAGGGUGCGGUUCAGCAUUCCGACUGGAGCCCGUACACAGAUAAUGGUGGCACCACAGCUGCCAUUGCGGGCAAGGACUUUGUCAUCUUAGCGGGUGACACGCGUCUGAAUGGGAACUUCUGCUUGCACACUCGCCACGACGAGUCCAAAAUUUUCCAGCUAACGGAGAACACCUUCAUGGCCAGCAACGGAAUGCAGGCGGACCGGUUGCAACUACAGGAAAUGAUGAAGUGCCGGAUCAAGUGGUACCGCUACAACAACCGAGGUAAAAUGCCAUCAACGACUGCGGUUGCCCAGCUCUUGUCUACAUUGCUGUAUCAACGUCGUUUCUUUCCUUACUACACCUUCAAUAUGAUUGUCGGUUUCAAUAAGGAGGGCGAGGGAGUGUGUUAUAGCUACGAUGCGGUGGGGUCAACGGAGCCUCUUAAAUACGGCACUCAGGGCACUGCUUCCAGCUUUGUAGAGCCGCUGCUAGACUGUCUCCUCACCCAGCAGCACUUCAAUGGACAAGCCCCGCCGGAGCUAUCACAGGAGGACACACUGUCAAUACUUAAAAAUGCGUUCACAGGGGCUUCAGAGCGUGAUAUUUUUACCGGUGAUAGUGUUAAAUUUCUCAUUAUCACUAAAGAAUGUGUGCGCUCAGAAACAUUUGAGUUACGCAAGGAUUGAAGCAAAAGCGAUAGUUGAGAAGGAAAGACAGGGCAAAGUCGUAGGACCUACUCAGGGAAAACACGAACAGCAUGCGUAACGAAAAAUUUUGAUUAUAUAACCGUAGAAUUGAAACUGUAAAUCAGAUAUGCAUUGUGAGAAAAAUCAAUUUGUGGCGAAAUUAUGUUUAAAAAAAAACUUUGAGUAGAUAUUUCGUUUUAUUGUUCCAUCAUUGAUGUUCAAUGAUUGGAGCUAGCUAUCUAAUUUUGUAGAGGAUAAAGAGGGAAACAUAUUAAUCCAUAUACAUAUCAGCAUGCGCUUUCUUUUUCUUUUCUUUAUCAUUCUCUACAAUCCUGAAACCUGAAAAAA